UCCGGGAAAAGUGGGUUGGGCCCAGCAGAAAAGCAAGCUCCGCACUAGAAGGAGGAGAUUCCGGAACUGGAUGUAAAAAGACCUUUCUGCUUGGAGCUUCCCGGACCCAAUUAGGUGUUGUACACAGUCUGGUUACCCUGGUAACAGGAGUCGCUGUUUUUCAAGGAACCGAGAGAGGAGGCUUAAGAGGCCUAUUCACCAUCAAUCAUGGAGAUAUCCUCACAGGGUCUGCUCACUCAAGUUACUCAGUUCUGGAACCUCCUGGAUGAUCUGGCUGGAAGUGACCCUCAGGGCUAUGAGAAGUUCAUUCAACAGCAACUAAAAGAGGGGAAACAGCUCUGUGCUGCCCCAGAACCCCAGCUCUGUGUACAGACCAGGAUCCUGAAACCAAAAGAAAAAAUACUUUUUAUCAACCUAUGUCAGUGGAAAAGGAUCCCGGCUCCCCAAUCAACCACUCAUCUGGUUCCUCUAACUGUUGGCAGAGCAGAAGAUACGUCUGAGAUAUCAGAUGCUUACACAGUCAUCAAUGUUGCCUACAAUCCUGAUGUUCUUCAAGCAGCAGAAAAAGACCAAGUGAAAAAAGAUCAGUUAAUACAGAUGGCCAUGAAAUGCAUUGAGGAGCAACUCCAGUUCACUCUGUCACACUCUUACCAUAUUACCAAAUUUAGAAUAAAAGGAAGCAUUCAAAGAAUGAAAAAAAAUCUGAUGGGAAUCCAAACUGAUUCCACAGAUUUAAGAGAAAAAAUAAGAAAGGAACUAACUCUUGAACAGAUAAGAAGCAGUACUGGGAGUAAUUCAGAUCACUUUCCUCAACUGUUACUGUCAAAAGAACAAGUUUCAUGCAAAGCAGAGUGUCUGAUAGAAGAGAUUUCCAGUACUGAAAUCCAGGUGGAGGUGAAGAUACCAACCUAUGAAUUAAAAAUUGUAAAGGAUCAGAAUGAGAAACCACUGAAAAUUGAAUUGAAAGUUGAAUUACCUGGUAUUAAUUCAGUCUCUCUCUGUAACCUUAGUGUUUCUGAGGAUGAUUUAUUGAUCGAGGUCUCUGAGAAGUACAGAUUACAUCUGGAUCUUCCAGAACCUGUUGAUAGUGAAAUGACUACAGCAAAAUUUAUCAAAGAGAAAUCUACAUUAAUGAUCACAAUGCCAUUGGCAUAAAACAAGAGCAUCAUAUUUUGGGUUUUUGGUACUAAAGUCAUACGAAUUUUAAGAACUUCAUUGUGGGUAAAGACAUAGUAGUUUAUCUUAAACACUAAUUCUGUAUUUUCUAAGAGUUCCUUUUGAUGUAAUGAUGUUUUCUCUUCAGCUGUUGUUUUAUCUAUCUUUUUUAACUCAUUCUUUUUCCUUAUCAAAUAAAC